AUGUCUAUCGAGAACUUGAAGUCGUUCGACCCAUUUGCUGACACAGGGGAUGACGAAACCACCACUGCCAACUACAUCCAUAUCCGUAUCCAGCAGAGAAACGGGAGAAAGACUUUGACCACCGUGCAAGGUGUUCCUGAGGAGUACGACUUGAAGCGGAUUUUGAAAGUGUUGAAGAAGGACUUCGCUUGUAACGGGAAUAUCGUCAAGGAUAAAGAGAUGGGGGAGAUUAUCCAGUUGCAGGGGGACCAGAGAGCUAAAGUGUGCGAGUUUAUGAUCGCUCAGCUAGGCCUUCAGAAGAAGAACAUCAAGAUCCAUGGGUUCUGA